AUGCAUCGCAGGCCCAACGAACCCUACCAUCCCCCCUCUUCACCAUUCCAGAGUCGACCGGAUGCGUCCCCAACUCCGCAGAGGCCGCAGGGGCCGGGUUACGCAGGAGGAGGGCAAGGGAGUACCCAGAUGCAGCCCCAGCCGAGCUACCAUUCGCAUAGGAGUCAGGACCCGUAUGAUGAGACGGCGAAUCUGUAUGGUUUCUAUGCUGCGGAGGACAACGCCUCGACGACCUCUCACACGGCAUUGAACAUGCCAGUCACGGAGAAGGACUACUACCACUCUCCUCCUCCCGCAUCUCAGCACCUUCUCAGCCCUCACUACUCCCCUUCUCACCAGAUCCCCGCCUACCCUCCCCCUCCCUCUCCUUCAGCGCACUACAUCCCCAUGCCCUCUCCGCAUGGCUACUUUCCCCCUCAACCACUCUUCUCCCCCUCCUUCCAGCCCGGAGCCUACUACGAAUCCUCCUCGCACUACGCUCAAGCCCGUCAAGCAGUCAUGGAGCGCCGCGAGCAGAAGAAGGUCGAGUUGGUUGAUGGACACCUCGUGUUGGAGUUGAAUGUCCCGAGGAGCUUGAAGCAGAUUUCGAGGUUUGCGGGGGAGGAUCUGAGGGAGGAGAGUGGGAAGUUGAGGUACACCGCCGUCACCGACGACCCCGACGACUUCACCCGUCAACGCUACCGUCUCCGCCAGGUCCUCGCAGGUCGUCAGACCGAGCUCUUCAUCUGCUGUACUAUGUACAACGAAGACGAAGAACUCUUCUGUCGGACUUUCCGCUCGGUCAUCAAGAACAUCCAGCACUUGCAGUCGCGAACGAAGAGCAAGACUUGGGGUGUCGAGAGCUGGAAGAAGGUCGUCGUCUGCAUCGUCUCGGACGGACGAGCGAAAAUCAACCCUCGCACGCUCAAGAUCCUCGGCUUGCAAGGGGUGUACCAGGACGGCGUCAUGAAGGACUCGGUUGAGGGCAGGGACACCCAGGCGCACGUGUUCGAGUACACGACGCAGGUGAUGGUUGAUUCGGAUGGGACGGUCAAGGCGGGGAUCUCGCCUAUCCAGGUCAUCUUCUGCCUCAAAGAGCAGAACCAGAAGAAGCUCAACUCGCACCGCUGGGCAUUCAAUGCCUUCGCCCCUCAGCUCCGACCCAACGUCUGCGUCCUAAUCGACGUCGGCACGAAGCCCGCCUCGGACUCGAUCUACAAACUCUGGAAGGCGUUCGACAAGCAUCCGCAUGUCGGCGGAGCGUGCGGCGAGAUCACGGUUGACCUUGCGAAGGGAUGGAGGAACUUGGUCAAUCCGCUUGUCGCGGCGCAGAACUUCGAGUACAAGAUGUCGCACAUCCUCGACAAGUCGCUCGAGAGCGUCUUCGGGUUCAUCUCGGUCCUUCCUGGCGCGUUCUCCGCCUACCGGUACAAAGCUCUGCUCGGCGACCCGCUUCAGGCGUACUUUGCCGGCGAGAAGAUGCACCAGCCCGGCAACAUCGCGUCUCUUUCGGACUCGAACAUGUAUCUCGCCGAAGACCGCAUCCUCUGCUUCGAGAUCGUGACGAAGAAGCGCGAGGCUUGGGUUCUCCGGUUCGUCAAGGGCGCGCAAGCGAGUACCGACGUACCCGAUUCGGUGGCUGAGUUCAUCUCGCAACGCCGUCGCUGGAUGAACGGCGCGUUCUUCGCGGCGCUCUACGCGACGACCCACUACUACCGCGUCUGGACAAGCGGCCAGAACGUCUUCCGCUGCAUGUGGCUGUCGAUCAUCUUUCUCUACAACGCCAUCACCCUCAUCUUCUCCUUCCUCGGCCUCUCCUCCUUCUACCUCGCCUUCUACUUCCUCUGCACCUCCGCGACUUCCGAUGCGUCGAAAGACCCGUUCGGCGGCUACGGAAGUGACGUGAUCGACGUCGCAAACUGGGUUUACGUUGCCACAAUCGGCGUGUGCAUCGUCUGCGCGCUCGGGAACAAGCCAUCUGGGUCGAGGUGGUGGUAUAUCCUCGUCAUGCUCGUAUUUGCGGCGCUUUUCGGCAUCGCGAUCUAUUGCACCGGCUGGGUCGUCUACAACUCCGUCCCGCACACCGUCGCCGGCUGGAAAGACAUCAAAGAUCUGCUCGCGACGUCCGCCUUCCGCAACUUGGUCAUCAGUAUCGGCGCAACGCUCGGACUGUAUAUCAUGUCGUCGCUGCUUCACCUCGACCCGUGGCACGUCCUCACCUGCUUCGUCCAGUACAUGAUGUACUUGCCGAGUUUCAUGAUCGUGCUGCAGAUCUAUGCCUUCGCCAAUCUGCACGACCUCGCGUGGGGCACGAAGGGCGACACGACCGUCAAAGAUCUCGGCGGGACCAAGAAGACAAAGACGGCCGACGGCAAGGAGGUUCUCGAGGUUGCGGUUCCGACGAAGGACGAGGAUAUCGACGAGUUGUGGCAGCACAUGAAGCAGGACAUUGCUACGCCGCAGACCAAGACGAAGAGCAAGCGAAGCGCCGACCAGAAGCAGGCCGACCACUUCGCCAACAUCCGCACGAACACUCUCCUCUUCUACCUCGGCGCAAACCUCUGCCUCGCGAUCGUCUUCUCGUCAACCAAACUGUGGACGAAAAUCCUCCACGUCGACGGCUCGGUGUCGUACUACUCGAUCGCCAUCUUCUGGGCAGUAGCUGGUCUAUCUGCCUUCCGCUUCAUCGGCUCGACUAUGUAUCUCGUCAUGCGUCUGUUCGGGCACUAG